AUGGUGCUUUUUUCUCCAGCUAAUCAUUAUUACAUUUGGAGAAAACUUUGGUUGAAAUUAGCUAUAGCUGAAAAAGAGUUAGCAUUACUGAAAUCCACUCAUAAAAUAGCUACAGAUAUUAGGCUGUUGGAAAAUCUCAAAGAGAUAGAAGAACCAUUCGAGAAGGAUCAAAUAGGUAGUUCUGCUAUGGCAUAUAAAAGAAAUCCUAUGCAAUGUGAAAGGGUUUGUAGUCUGGCUAGACAUCUGAUGACACUCAAUAACAAUGCCUUGAUGACCAAUAGUGUACAAUGGUUAGAAAGAACUUUAGAUGAUAGUGCCAAUCGACGAAUUUCACUUCCUGAGGCAUUUAUUACAACAGACAUAAUCCUAACAUUAUUGCAGAAUAUAUCGGAAGGACUUGUAGUCUAUAUUAAAGUUAUAGAACGUCAUAUAGCACAAGAGUUGCCUUUUAUGGCAACAGAGAAUAUUAUAAUGGCAAUGGUGAAAAAAAAAGAGGAUCGUCAGACAUGUCAUGAAGAGAUUAGAGUCUUAAGUCAUCAAACUGCAAAAAAAGUCAAGGACGAUGGUGAAGAAAAUGAUUUAAUUGAGAGAAUUAAAAAGACUGAAUAUUUAAACCAAUUUGGGAUGAGGUAA